AUACGCGCCAAAAUUCACAGGAAACAACAAAAAAGCAGCUUGUCUUAAAUUUUUUAUAAUUUUCUAUUAAUUCACGUGAAAUUUUAUCGAAAAACUAUCAAAAAUGAGUGCAAGAGAUACAUCACCCGUUCCCGAUACUCCAAGCGAUCGUGAUCGCCGUAGUUUAGCGGAUAUGCGUUCCACAAUGACUUCUCCCGUCGGAGACUUUGAGCCCUUCGAAGAUGAAGCCGAAAUUUUGGGCGAAAACUCCGUCGUCGAAGAGGAAGAUGAUGGCGAGGAGCUUUUCGGAGACGACAUGGAACGUGAUUACUUGCCAAAUCCCGCUCUCGAUCGUUAUGACCCCGAAAAUUUGGAUGACGAAGCAGAUUUUAGCGAUAUUUCGCAGGCAGAUCGUCGUGCUGCCGAAGCGGAAAUGGCUCGUCGUGAUCGGGCAGCUGGCAUUCAUCGCGACGAUCGUGACUUGGUUUACUCGGAAGGCGACGACGACGAUGUUCCUCGUGCAAAACGUCGUCGCGACGCCGAAAAAGCAGCUGAUGGCGAAGUUGAGGACCAAGAAAUGAUCGAAUCGAUUGAAAAUUUGGAAGACACAAAAGGGCAUACGGUCAAGGAAUGGGUUUCCAUGUUGGGUCCCCGCACCGAAAUCUCCAAUCGUUUCAAGAGUUUCUUGCGUACCUUUGUCGAUCCGAAAGGGCAGUACAUUUAUCGCGAACGUAUCAAGCGAAUGUGCGAACAAAAUCAAUCGAGUUUCGUCAUAACUUACACGGAUUUGGCGAGUUCGCAGCAUGUGCUUGCCUAUUUUUUGCCUGAAGCUCCCUUCCAGAUCCUCGAAAUCUUCAAUGCCGUCGCCAAAGAAAUGGUUUUGAGCAUUUUUCCGUGGUAUGAACGCGUAACAACCGAAAUUCACGUUCGAAUUUCCGAACUUCCGUUGAUCGAAGAGCUCCGUACCUUCCGAAAAUUGCAUUUGAAUCAAUUGGUUCGCACUUUUGGUGUCGUAACUGCUACAACGGGCGUCUUACCGCAACUUUCUGUCGUCAAAUACGAUUGUGUCAAAUGUGGUUAUGUACUUGGGCCAUUUGUUCAAAGCCAAAAUGCCGAAGUAAAGCCAGGAUCUUGCCCCGAAUGUCAAUCCAGCGGACCAUUUUCGAUCAAUAUGGAACAAACGUUGUACCGCAACUACCAAAAAAUCACAUUGCAAGAAUCUCCGGGCAGAAUUCCCGCUGGUCGUAUUCCACGCAGCAAAGAUUGCAUCUUGUUAGCGGAUUUGUGUGACAUGUGCAAGCCAGGCGAUGAGAUUGAAGUUACGGGAAUUUACACAAACAACUAUGAUGGCUCUUUGAACACUGACAAUGGCUUUCCUGUGUUCGCAACUGUCAUUAUUGCGAAUCAUCUCGUCGUCAAGGACUCGAAACAGGUCGUGUCAUCGCUCACAGACGAAGAUAUCCACACAAUUCAGAAGCUCAGCAAGGAUCCUCGUGUUAGCGAACGUAUUAUCGCGAGUAUGGCUCCAAGUAUUUACGGACAUGACUUUAUCAAACGUGCUUUGGCGUUGUCACUUUUUGGCGGAGAAUCAAAAAAUGCUGGCGAAAAACACAAAGUUCGCGGUGACAUCAACGUUUUAGUGUGUGGCGAUCCCGGCACUGCCAAAUCUCAAUUUCUCAAGUAUGCGGAAAAAAUUGCCCCUCGUGCUGUUUUCACGACGGGACAAGGAGCAAGUGCUGUCGGUUUAACAGCUUAUGUGCGACGUAAUCCCGUCUCCAAAGAAUGGACUCUCGAAGCAGGCGCUUUGGUUUUGGCGGAUCAGGGCGUUUGUCUCAUCGACGAGUUUGACAAGAUGAAUGAUCAGGACCGAACUUCAAUUCACGAAGCCAUGGAGCAACAAUCCAUUUCCAUCUCCAAGGCAGGUAUCGUGACCUCGUUGCAAGCCAGAUGUGCCGUAAUCGCCGCAGCAAAUCCCAUCGGAGGUAGAUACGAUCCCAGUUUGACUUUUUCGGAAAAUGUGAAUCUUUCGGAGCCAAUUAUGUCACGUUUUGACAUUUUAUGCGUCGUUAAGGAUGAAUUUGAUCCGAUGCAAGAUCAGCAUUUGGCGAAAUUUGUCGUUGGAUCGCACAUGAAGCACCAUCCGAAUAACGAGGCGAAAGACGAUGCAGCAACGGAAGAUGGAAAUACGUUGGAAAUUCCACAGGAUUUGCUCAAAAAGUACAUUGUUUACUCCAAAGAGAAUGUUCGGCCUAAAAUUACGAACAUGGAUCAAGACAAAAUCGCCAAGAUGUACGCCCAACUCCGUCAAGAAUCUCUCGCUACGGGCAGCUUACCCAUCACCGUGCGUCACAUUGAAAGCGUUAUCCGCAUGUCUGAAGCUCAUGCUCGCAUGCAUUUACGUGACUCGGUGCAAGAAGUUGACGUCAACAUGGCAAUUCGCAUGAUGCUCGAGAGUUUCAUUGAAGCCCAAAAGUUCAGUGUCAUGAAAAAAAUGCGUUCGACGUUCCAAAAGUACCUGUCCUUCCAAAAAGAUCACUCGGAAUUGCUGUUUUUCAUCUUGCGCCAACUCACACUCGACCAACUUACCUAUUUGCGGUGCAAGGAAGGCCCCAAAGCGACACACAUCGAAAUUAUGGAACGCGAUUUGGCUGAACGUGCAAAGCAAAUUGACAUUUUCAGCUUGAAACCCUUCUACGAAAGCGAGAUUUUCAAAACGAAUGGCUUCACGUACGAACCAACGCGGAAAGUUAUCUUGCAAAUUGUUCCGGAAGCGGGCGUCGAGGAGUAAAUUCCUUGUUGGAAGUAUUUUUUUUAACAUAAGUUUUUAUUUUUUUUUACGAAAUAUUGUUAAGAAGUUUUGUUUAAAUAAAGAACAUUUUUUUUCCAU